GAACCGUACAGACCCGCCUGCCCAUCCCCCUUCCACCUCCUCAUCCCACACAUCUGUCCCCCAUCUUACCCCUCCUCGGCGCAAAACCCCCCUCUCCCACUCCCCGCCGGGCUCCGACUGGGCUCUCCACCCCGACAAGCCGAAGCUUUUCCUCCUCCCGCCGCGGUCGAAGCGUCAAAUUCCAACGGCAAUGGGAAUACAGAGGAGGCUGGACCGUCUCGGCCCCGAAGGAGGGAAGACUCUCCGGUCGAUCGAAAACGGAAACGCCUAGAAGAAAGCACGGGUCCUAGCGGCGGUGCCUCCUCUAGUGCCCCCACCGCCACAGAGCGUCGACCUAAAUCCUCCUCGUCCAAGAGCCGAAACACCACUUCCUCGCGCGACCCCUCCAAGCCCCGGCGGGGAUCCGGGAACCCGCUCUGGAUAUCCGACGACGCCGUCUCGAUAUUCACAGGCCACCGGGACUCGGUCGUCUGCCUCGGCUGGAACCCCCGCAACACGUCGCUUCUCGCUUCGGGGUCAGCGGACGGGUUUGCCAGAUUAUGGGAAUUCGACUCUCCCCCUUCUUCCUCUUCCUCCUCCUCCUCUGCUCCCUCCGCGGCGCUGGCCACAAGAGGCCCCUCCAUCGCCGUCAAACACACCUCGAUCGAGAGUUCCCGCAAAAACGUGACCGCGCUCGCGUGGCAUCCCGAGGGAUCCGUCAUUGCCACGGCGUCAGCAGAUGGGGUCGGCCGGCUCUUUACGCCCAGCGGCCAGUUGCAGGGGAUUAUGAGUUAUGGGCGGGGGGCGUUGAAUGCGAUCAAGUUUAGUCCGGAUGGGCGGAGCGUGUUGACGGCCAAGAAUGACUUUGUGGUCAGUCUGUGGACGGUCGGGAAGGGGUAUGAUCAGAUUAUGAAGCGGAACUAUGAUAGUCAUACGAAGGAAGUAAACGAUGUCGACUGGCUAGACGACACAGUCUUCGCUACGGCCGGAAACGACCACACCAUCUUCAUCUUCCACACCUCCGACAAGCAUAUCCGCUACACCCUCAAGGGCCACACCGACGACGUGACGCGCAUCAAGUGGUCUCCCUCUGUCAGCGCCACCGCGCCCGCCGAAUCCCGCCUGCUCGCUAGCGUCUCGGACGACGGGUACGUCAUGGUUUGGAAACUCCCCGCGUACCCCGCCGAGAAGGCCGAGAAGGAGCGUGGGGGGCGCGGGGGCACACGGUCGGCCAGUCCAGUCAAGGCAGGUACGCCCGGUCUUGGUCCCGGCGCUGGUGCUGGGGCUGGCGCGGGUCCCUCUUCUUCGCACGGCGCAGGACCAGGCCCAGGACAAGGUCCACAUGGACUGUCCUCUGAGAGUGAAGAUUACUUUGAGGGGCAGGGAAAGAAGGGGAAAGAAGGGAUCGAGCACUGCGUGGCGAGGUUGUGCGUCGUCGAUGCCGAGAAUAAGAGGUUGAAUGCGCUAGAAUGGAGUCCGGCUUGCAGAGACGGGAGAAUGCUGCUGGCUGCUGGCGCCCAAGACUCCACAGUCAAGAUAUUCGAUAUCUCCACAGGCCAGCUCCUGCAUUCCUUAUCCGGUCUCGAAUCGGGAACGGCCUCGUUGACAUUCUCGCCAUUGGGCAUACCGGGCUUCCCCCUCGGCGCACUGGCGGCCGGGGGGUGGAAUGGGCAGUUGGGGGUGUGGGAUGUGGAAUCGGGGGAGAAGAGGGGGGAGUGGGAGGUCGAUUUGGAAGGGGAUCAGCAGGGGCCGGGGAUCCUUGCGCUCGACUGGCGGAAUGAUGGCAAACAACUCGCAUUGGGCUUGCAGAAUAAGCUGGUUGUGACGGUCGGAACGGAUCUGGAGGGGAUGGCGCAAAGAGCGAAAGGGAAGAAGGUGGAGAAGAAUGAGAAGGCAUAG